AUGGCAGCUGAAAAACACAAGAAAACAGCAUCACAUAACAAAAUUCAACAAAGAAGACAGGCAAAAAGAGCAAAGCUUCAUGCUAUUAUAAAUGUGACUGAAGGGCCUGGUGAUGAUUGUCAUGUUGUUGAAACUUCGGAUUGUGAUGGGGCAGACAAUGACUCUGUGGUCAUUGAGAAUGAUGUUGAAGAACUUUAA